AUGGCUCAGGUUGAGCGGUCGAAGCGGGAUCAUGCGGCCGAGGUGCGGAAGUUGAAGCGGGAGCACGAGCAACAUGUACAGAACCUAACGAGCGCCACUAAGGAGACUAUGGAGAGGGCCUUACGGAAAGAUUGCGUCGAGGUCCGCUGUGAAGCGGAAACAUUCUUUACAGAACGCAGGUCCGAGUUAGAACCAGUUCGUGCCAUCGUCAGCAAUGCCUGGCCUCUUCUCGCUAUGAAGGUUCGACCGAUCUACAAGACGCUCGUUCAGAUGGGAGGGAAGUUUGAUAGAGAGGUCAAGAAGUUGCGCAAGGACAGGGAAGAGCUUGAGACAUAG